GCACGCCCGCAGAGCUGAGGCCUGAGGCUACAGCGCAAGCAGCUGAGCGUGUCGGAGGCUACGAAGAGCUGUGCGGGCGAGCAGUAGAGCUUGCGCCCUCGUCUCGUCGUCGGCCCCACUCGGCUCGACCUCUCUCCGCAUCUCUCGCCUUGUGCACCAGCUCGAGCACCUGUGCGAUGACUCAAGACGCCCUCAGCAGCUCAUAUGCACGCCCUGCACCCAACUCUGGCCUCAGCACACCUCGAGCACCCCCAGUUACCUGCCCAGUACCGCCAGAUACUACGUCUCGCGCCACUCCAGCUUCUGCAACGUGCGAGCCGGUCGCAUCCAGCUCGCGAGAAGCGGACGAGGCGUGCGAGUCGAGCGGCGAGCGGGUUUCGGCGUACGGCGGCACGGUGGACGAUAGCGCGAUGAUCGGGCGGGACUCGGCUGGGGACGACGGUCAGAGUGAGCGGCGGGACCAAGCUGCUGGACCGUCCUCCUCCAGCGCCGCCGUCGCCGCUCCUCCACCCCCACCGCCCGACAAAGCGCUCGACCCGACGCACCACCGCCCGAGCGCGCCUCGGCUCCACGAGCGCAACUUUGGCGCGCUCGGCAGUUGAGCGGCGGCAGGGAGGGCACAAGGAGGUCCUGCUGGACGAGAGGAGAAUUGCCGGGACGAGACGCAGAACGAGGAGCGUCGAGGAGAAGGAGGAGGAGCACGGCAGUGGGCAGGUCGUCUCUGCGAGCCGCGGCGGAGCAGUACUUGCCGGUCCUGCAUCGUUUUACAAGGCUCGGUU